AUGGUUGCGAUCCUCAUCAUUCUCCGCUACCUACACGACCAACCUCUUUCUAAAUGGGCGCUUAACUCUGUGUCACCCAAUGCAGUGAUAUCGAUACUCGUUACCACCGGAAAGACAUCCAUGCUACUCGCGGUUGCAGCCGGGAUAGGUCAAUUGAAAUGGCGACACUUUCAACAUGUGCGGCCACUCAACGAGCUGAGCAUCUUCGACGAAGCAACUAGGGGCCCAUGGGGCGCUCUCGACUUCCUGUACACUAUGCGAGCACGAAAUGGCACGGCUACUGCCACCUUGGGAGCGUUCGUGAUACUCCUUUCACUCGCCAUGGAUCCGUUUUCUCAGCAACUUAUUACUUUCUACACACGGAAUGUUCCCCAAGACGGAGUCGCGCCUUGGUUAGCAACAGCUACGGCUUAUGACCAUAGCCACACCGUGGUUGGGACGGACAACGUCGGUUUCCAAAGCGCGAUCGUCACGGCUCUCCUUGGGUCGCCUCUUCCAUUCACAUAUGUCUGCACCACGGGAAACUGCUCUUGGCCAGACUUUGACACGCUUGGUAUAUGCAAUACAUGCCGAAACGUAACUGCAGACAGCACAGUCGAGAAAUUUGUUCUUCGAGCCGUAGACCACUCGAAGGACGAGAACGGCACAGACGCGGUGGCCAAUGUGUACACCACACCGGGGGGCGUUCUGCUCAACGUAUCUGCUCCAUACCAAAUCAAUACUACGGACGAUUCACUUCCAUUUCUGAUCGACGAAGGCUCUCUAAUAACCGGUAAUGUGACUGAAGCUGCUUUCAACGGGGCCCUAAGUUGGAACGGAAGCAUCAUCACUUUCGCCGUGGCAAAUACCUCAAGAACGCCCGAUGCGUCAGAACCAGCUGGAAAUGGCAUCAACGGGCGAAAGACGUUGGUGUACAACCCAGCCGCCGAUAUACUGGAAUGUUCCAUAGAAUGGUGCGCGAAGUCAUUCAGAAACGUCAAAGUGGCAAACGGAUCCCUAAACGACUACACAGUCUCCAGCGUCCCACUAACCCCCGACGCCGCACACUCCACCCUCGACGACACCUUCUCCCUCAACAGCACGCUCGCCUUCACCGCCGCAGGCAUCCCCGACACGGCCUUCACCGUCGCGGUGACAGACUCCUUCGACGUGCAGGGCUACCUGGGAGCCUUCUUCUCCUUCCGCGUCGACCCCAGCGUCGAUUCCGGAUUGUCCUUCAACACGGGCUUGAGCCUCUUGACGCGGCAGAACACAUCGGCCGCCGUCGCCGCCGUCGCCGAUGCGUUGACGCUCCAGCUACUCGUCGGGCCAAACUCGACGCACCACCAAGGUACGGCGUACACUGCGGUGGUUUACGUCGGGGUCCGCUGGCUGUGGAUCAUACUGCCUGCAACGCUGUGCGUGCUCGGCGGGCUGUUUCUGGGGUUGAGCUUGAGGCUGGCGGGGCGGCAUCGCGCGACGUUUGGGUGGAAGUCUGACGUUGUUCCGUUGAUGUUUCACGGUCUGAGCGGGUGGGGUGAUUUGGGGGUUGAUGACGGUCGGGAGAUGGAUGCCCUGGCGAAGGGGAUGAGGACGAGGUUGGCGAGGGAUGAGGGUGGGGAGUUGAAGUUUGUGAAGGUGAAGGAGGAAUGA